GAAGAGACGUAUGUGACUGAUAUAAAGGCAGAAGAUAUAGAGGGAGAAGAAGAGACGUAUGUGACUGAUAUAAAGGUAGAAGAUACAGAGGGAGAAGAAGAGACGUAUGUGACUGAUAUGAAGGCAGAAGAUAUAGAGGGAGAAGAAGAGACGUAUGUGACUGAUAUAAAGGCAGAAGAUAUAGAGGGAGAAGAAGAGACGUAUGUGACUGAUAUAAAGGCAGAAGAUAUAGAGGGAGAAGAAGAGACGUAUGUGACUGAUAUAAAGGUAGAAGAUACAGAGGGAGAAGAAGAGACGUAUGUGACUGAUAUGAAGGCAGAAGAUAUAGAGGGAGAAGAAGAGACGUAUGUGACUGAUAUAAAGGCAGAAGAUAUAAAGGGAGAAGAAGAGACGUAUGUGACUGAUAUGAAGGCAGAAGAUACAAAGGGAGGAGAAGAGACGCAUGUGACUGAUAUAAAGGCAGAAGAUACAGAGGGAGAAGAAGAGACGUAUGUGAGGGGUGAUCAGCAGUGUAAGGAGGAGGAGAUCCCUACAGAUAUCAGCACAGAUGGACACACAAGCAGGAAUAUCUCAGAAGGACAUCUAAUGUUAUCCCCGGAUUGUGACAUAAAAGAUAAUGGCAGUAGACAGGAUUCUCGAGGAGAUAACCCCAUUACCCCAAUCAUACAUCCAGCUCUAUCAGCUGAUCCCCCUGAUCCUGGUGAAUGUUCUCCUGAUCACUCUGAUAUUGGUGCAUCUGUUACAGCUCUGACAGUAGAUACAGUGUUUCCGUGUUCUGUAGAUGCCAAAUGUUUUACACAGAACACAAAGCGUAUUAACCCACACACAGGUAAGGUAGGUGAAAGGCCACUGAUAUGUCCGGAGUGUGAGAAAUGUUUUACAUACAAAUCAGAUCUUGUUAUACAUCAGAAAAGUCACAUAGGUGAGAAGGCAUUUCCAUGUUCUGAGUGUGGGAAAUGCUUUGCACGGAAAUCAUGUCUUGUUAGACAUCAGAGAAGUCACACAGGUGAGAAGCCAUUUCCAUGUUCUGAGUGUGGGAAAUGUUUUACACAUAAAUCAGAUCUUGUUAAACAUCAGAGAAGUCACACAGGUGAUAAGCCAUUUCCAUGUUCUGAGUGUGGGAAAUGUUUUACACGGAAAUCAGAUCUUGUUAUACAUCACAGAACUCACACAGGUGAGAGGCCAUUUCCAUGUUCUGAGUGUGGGAAAUGUUUUACACGGAAAUCAGAUCUUGUUAUACAUCACAGAACUCACACAGGUGAGAAGCCAUUUCCAUGUUCUGAGUGUGGGAUAUGUUUUGCACACAUAUCAAAUCUUGUUAUACAUGAGAGAAGUCACACACGUGAGAAGCCAUUUUCUUGCUCUGAGUGCAGGAAAAGUUUUACCUGGAAAUCCCUACUUGUUAUACAUCAGAGAAGUCACACAGAUGAGAAGCCUUUUCCAUGUUCUGAGUGUGGGAAAUGUUUUGCAAACAAAUCAGAUCUUGUUAAGCAUCAGAGAAGUCACACAGGUGAGAGGCCAUUUCCAUGUUCUGAGUGUGGGAAAUGUUUUGCACACAAAUCAGAUCUUGUUAGACAUAACAGAAGUCACACAGGUGAGAAGCCAUUUCCAUGUUCUGAGUGUGGAAAAUGUUUUACACAGAAAUCACAACUUGUUAUACAUCAGAGAAUUCACACAGGUGAGAAGCCUUUUCCAUGUUCUGAGUGUGGGAAAUGUUUUGCACACAAAACCGUUCUUGUUAGACAUAACAGAAGUCACACAGGUGAGAAGCCAUUUCCAUGUUCUGAGUGUGGGAAAUGUUUUACACGAAAAUCAGUUUGUGUUAUACAUCAGAGAAGUCACACAGGUGAGAGGCCAUUUCUAUACUCUGAGAAAUAAACCAGCUCUUGUUGCACACAAUGGCCCUCAUUCCGAGUUGUUCGCUCAGAGUUUUUCAUCGCAUCGCAGUGAAAUUCCGCUUAGAGCGCAUGCGCAAUGUUCGCACUGCGACUGCGCCAAGUAACUUUACUAAGAAGAUAGUAUUUUUACUCACGGCUUUUUCAUCGCUCCGGCGAUCGCAUUGUGAUUGACAGGAAAUGGGUGUUACUGGGCGGAAACACGGCGUUUUAGGGGCGUGUGGCUGAAAACGCUACCGUUUCCGGAAAAAACGCAGGAGUGGCCGGGGAAACGGUGGGAGUGCCUGGGCGAACGCUGGGUGUGUUUAUGACGUCAGCCAGGAACGAAAAGCACUGAACUGAUCGCACAGGCAGAGUAAGUCUGAAGCUACUCUAAAACUGCUACGAGCUUGGUGAUCGCAAUAUUGCGUAUACAUCGGUCGCACAUUUAAGAAGCUAAGAUACACUCCCAGUAGGCGUAGGCUUAGCGUGUGUAACUCUGCUACAUUCGCCUUGCGAGCGAUCAACUCGGAAUGAGGGCCAAUAGACAUAACUCAGGUGAAGAACCAUUUUAAUCUUCUGGAGUAUACUCAUCAUUGCCAUGCGUUGUUUUUCAAGGUUCUUAUCCUAUCUCCUAUGCUUUUUGCAAUAUACAUGCUACCACUGGGUAUAAUAAUCAGAUGUCAUGUCCUCAUCUACCACUGCUAUGCAGAUGACCUGUCUUUUGCUCUGGUUACUGAGAACCCAGUACCAAUCCUAAAUGGUUGUCUAGCUGAGCUCCAGGUGUGGGUGAUGCCAGUUGGUGAAACAGGUCCUUGUGAUAGAAGCUCACCAACAAAGGACAGGGCUACAGCUCAGCUUUGCCUACCAACCAGAAUUACGCUUGGGGGUUCAGAAUUACAAAAUGCUGAUCAUGGGGGUGAUUCCAAGUUGUUCGCUCGCUAGCUGAUUGUAGCAGCAUUGCACACGCUAGGCCGCCGCCCUCUGGGAGUGUAUCUUCGCUUAGCAGAAUUGUGAACGAAAGAUUAGCAGAAUAGCGAAUAGAAAAUUCUUAGCAGUUUCUGAGUAGCUCCAGACCUACUCCAACACUAAGAUCAGCUCAGGCCGUUUAGUUCCUGUUUGACGUCAUAAACAUGCCCUGCGUUCAGCCAGGCACUCCCCCGUUCUCCUGACACUCCUGCGUUUUAUACUGGCAUGCCUGCGUUUUUCUGCACACUUCCAGGAAACGGUCAGUUUUCGGCCAGAAACACCCACUUCCUGUCAAUCACACUCCGAUCACUUCAACGAUGGAAAUUCUUUGUUCUGCCGUGAUUAAAUCUACAAAGUUUGAGCUAAAAUACUUAGCGCACUGUGUAGCAUGCGCAUGCGCAUUUUCGCAUUAAUUGCUCCGUUGCCAAAAUCGGCAACGAGCGAACAACUCGGAAUGACCCCCCAUAUGCGGAAUCUUGGUGUCCUGGAUGGUGGAGUGACACUUAGACAUCAGGUAUCAGCCACAAUCAGAUCCUCAUCUGAGGAACAGAGCCAGACUCCAGCACUUUAUUCCCUCAGAAGAUCUACCUACAGUCAUACAUGCACUUGUAUCAUCACACAUAGACUACUGCAAUGUCCUCUACCUGGGUCUCCCAGCAAAAGAAUUGCACCGCUUGUAGCUUGUACAGAAUGCAGCAGCCAGGCUGUUACCUAACCAGCCCGUUCCUGCCACAUAACACCCAUUCUCUACCUCCUCCGGCUGCCUGUAAGAUGGUGACUAUUACAUAAUCUUACUGACUCUCCCAGCCCUAUAUGACCAGGGUCUAUGGUACCAGAAGCAGCUUCUGCCUCAUUACUGCCCUGCUUGUUUACUUCCAUCUGCAGAUAAAGGACUGUUACCAGCAGUACCAAGAAUCCCCAAGCAGUGCUGAGAUGUCAGAGGGGGAGACAGGGUGGUGGCACUAGUGCUGUAGCGGGGGCUGACGGAGGCACUGUCUGUGGGUAAUAUUGUCCCCAAGCAGUGCUAAGGUGUCAGAAGGGGAGACAGGGCAGUGGCAGUAGUAGGGGGAGAUAGGGCAGGUGACAGCAGGCGGGGGACAGGGUGGAUGGUCACAGUGCAGUACCAGGGGCUGCUGGAGGUAGUAACGAGGUGUAUGGGUCCUGCACAGAACCAGUUGAUAAUUAGACUUAAUGAUUAUUCUUCCUUAUUUCUAAUGAAUCCCUUAUAUGUGUUCCUGUUAUUUGCUGUGUCAGCCUUUAUGUGUGUUCUGUGUAAUAAUCCUGAAAGUAGUGCUGCCACCGAUCUCAUAUCAUUUGUAGUAACUUGGAAAAGAUGAGAUAUGAGGUGCACUCUGGAAGCUUAUAGGGGGUUAAUCAGAGAUGAACGCAUCCCCUGGAAAAUGGUCCUGGCCCGCCCUCAUUCACCCCUCAGGGAUGCGGCCACAAUGCGUGUGUCUGCAGCCUCUGCACGUGCAUUUUGUCACCACCAGUAAACUGCUGCGGGCCACUAUUGCGGCUGGGUCUGAAUGACCCCCAUAGGGUUUUGGCUCUCCUGAUAUGAAUCUGUUUUACUUACGUGCAAUACUAUAAUGUAACUUGAAUUGUUUCUGUGCUUUAAAGGAUAUUUUAUCCAUGUUGUGCAGAGUAAAGUAUUUUUUAAGUUUAAAAUAUAGAGAAAAAUCUGUUUAUUAAA